AUGGGAUUUAGCGACCUAUUCAGCAGGCGAAAGGAGAAGAAGGAGCGAGAGCUCUACGGCCGGCCUGGUGCUGGAGGCGCAUCUCUCAGAGUCGAUACUAGCAGAUACGGAAGCGGGACAGAACCCCGAUCACGAGCCCCGACAAGACGAUACACAGAUGCUGAGCCGGAGCGCAAGCACAAAGCUGCAAAAUCUGAACCGCGAAGACAAAACACUGUGCAGACACGGCGUGCCGAAUACGAGAUACCUCGUAGGCACAAGACGGGCACCCCGCCCCAUAGUCCUCAACAUUCCUUCAAAUCACCAGCCAAUAUCAGCACCAGGAGGAAGCCCGUUCCCAGGUAUGCUGAUGUACCGAUCCACAGCCCAAAGCCCCGGAAGCCGCCAGGCUGGUUCGUUCCACCUGUCGUCUACUACGACGACAAGGAGCGAUCGCGAUCGCAAUCGAAAUCUCGACACGGUCGGCGAGGGAGUGCAUGGUGA